UUGCAGCGCUAUUCCCUCAAGGGAGCCUCCCCACCCCCCCAAAAAAAGCGAGCCUCCCUCCCGAGCGCGACAGCUAGGGUUCCUAGCAGCCGCCACCGCUGCCGGCCCGCCGCCGCGGCGCGCCCAGCCGGCCGAACCCUCCGCUGCCCCGCCACCGGUACAGGAUCCCAGCAGCGCCUCCCUCCGUCAAGCAGCCGCUCCCACCAGCGGCGCCCCCCUCCCUGGAGCAGGCGCUCCUGCCCAGCAACGCUGCCGCCCGGAGCUACGCCGGCGACCAGUCCGUAGGCAGGGCAUCAACAUUGUCAAUUGGAGGGGCUUGGAACUGCUUCGGAAUCCACAGUAGAGCAAACACGAAGGAUAAUGGCUCAUCGUGGACACCUAGAUGGACUAAUGCGCCGUGGUGCAUUCUCUGGAGCCGGCCUCUCUGGCCGCCAGCCUUUGGAGCCUUCUCCUGCCACCAUACUGGAGAUCCUGGAAAACAAGCUUGCCGUGCAGACCGCAGAGGCAGAAAAACUUAUCCGAGAAAAUCAGCGAUUGGCAGAUAGCCAUGCAGCCUUGAGAAAGGAUAUUAUUGACACUGAGACAGAAAUGCAAAUGAUUCGCACCCACCUAGGUGAUGUCCAGGUAGAGACUGAUAUGCACAUGAGAGAUUUGGUGGAGAGAAUCAGAUUAAUGGAGGCAGACAUACAGGCUGGUGACGCAGUGAAGAAGGAACUUCACCAAGUGCAUAUGGAGGCAAAGCGACUUAUUACUGAAAGGCAGAUGCUUACUAAUGACUUAGAGGCUACGACUAAAGAACUACAGAAGUACUCUGGUGACAAUAGUAACCUUACUGAAUUGGUUGCGGAGCUAGAUGGUCUACGGAAAGAGCAUCACAGUCUAAGAUCUGCCUUCGAGUAUGAGAAAAACACAAACAUCAAGCAAGUUGAGCAGAUGCGGACCAUGGAAAUGAACUUGAUAACCAUGACUAAAGAGGCGGACAAGUUACGAGCUGAUUUGGCAAAUGCUGCAAACAGAGCACAUGCAGCACAGGUUACACCUCCACAGCCUGGGACAGGACAAGCUGCAGCGGCUUCAGCAGCCACAAAUCCAUAUGCAAGUGCAUAUACCAGUCACCCCUCUGCAUAUCAGCAAGGAACUUCCCAAGCCGCGGCAUACCAGCAAGGAACUCCCCAAUCCGCGGCAUACCAGCAAGGAACCCCCCAAUCCGCGGCAUACCAGCAAGGAGCCCCCCAAUCCGCGGCAUACCAGCAAGGAGCCCCCCAAUCUGCGGCAUACCAGCAAGGAGCCCCCCAAUCUGCGGCAUACCAGCAAGGAGCCCCCCAAGCCGCGGCAUAUCAGCAAGGAGCCCCCCAAGCUGGAGCAUAUCAGCAAGGAGCCCCCCAAGCUGGAGCAUAUCAGCAAGGAGCCCCCCAAGCUGGAGCAUAUCAGCAAGGAGCCCCCCAAGCUGGAGCAUAUCAGCAAGGAGCCCCCCAAGCUGGAGCAUAUCAACAAGGGACAUACGGUUACCCAACAGCCUAUGAUUCUGCCACCGCUUACCAGCUGCAUGCUAAUGCGUAUGCUAGCUAUUCUGGCUAUCCAGUUGCAGGCUAUGCACAACCCAGCUAUCCUGGCACGUACGCUGCACCUCAGCAGCACCCAGUAGCCAGUGGCGCGGCUACUGAUACCACAAGCGCGUACGGUGCCGCUGGCAGCACGGGAUAUCCUGCUGCACCGGUUCAGGCAAGCAGCGGGGCUGCUAACGCGGGGCAAGCGGCGCCGCCAGCUUCUUAUCCUGCAACAUAUGACCCAACCAAAGCAGCCCAGAGGUGAAAUCCGGGGUUGUAACCUGAAGAUGGCCUGUGUGCCUGCAAAUUUUAUCAAAAAAAUUCUCAGGCCUCUUAUUUCCUUCAUGUACAUUCAUUCACUCACUGUAGCUUUAUGCACACCAUGAGCCGCUGAGAGUCGCAGCUUAUGGUCUGAGUCUUGAAUUGAUUUGUAUCUCUUGUUUUGCUUGAUGGUUGAAUUGAUAGGCGCAGCUGUUGGUUAAUAUCAGGGAUGUUAGAAUGA